AUGGCCAAUCGUCCGCUCGUCCCGGGCGUCUACGUCCCUACCGUUGCGUUCUUCGCUGAGAACGAAGAUGUCGAUGUUGCCACUGUGGAGAAACAUGCCGCCUACCUCGCAAAGUCCGGGGUUGCCGGCAUUGUUGUGCAAGGAAGUAACGGCGAGGCCGUUCACCUUGACCGUGAAGAGCGCAAUCUCAUUACCUCUGCGACUCGGCAUGCUCUCGACUCUGUCGGCGCCACCUCCAUGCCCGUAAUCGUGGGCACCGGUGCCCCCUCCACUCGCGAAACCAUCAACCUCUGCAAAGACGCCGCGGCCGCCGGCGGUGACUAUGUCCUCGUCCUCCCGCCGAGCUAUUACAAGAGUCUUGUGUCAUCCGCUGCCUUACUCGACCACUUCCGCGCCGUCGCAGACGCUUCUCCGAUCCCCGUCCUCAUCUACAAUUUCCCCGGCGCGUCUGCGGGGCUCGACCUCUCUUCCGACGACAUCCUCGCGCUUUCUUCUCACCCUAAUAUCAUCGGCACAAAGCUCACCUGCGGCAAUACGGGCAAGCUGACCCGUAUCGUUGCGCAGGCUGGACCCUCGUUCCUCACCUUCGGGGGCUCGUGCGAUUUCACUCUUCAGACUCUUAUCGGGGGCGGCGCAGGGGUUAUUGCCGGUACUGCCAAUAUCAUCCCUCGUGCCUGUGUCCGGAUCAUGGAACUCUACCGUGCCGGCCGUGUCGAAGAGGCGCAAAAAGUGCAGGCUAUAGUGGCCCGUGCGGACUGGCUCGCAAUUAAGGGCGGGUUUGUGGCUGUUAAGAGUGCACUGCAAUCCUAUCGCGGAUAUGGACAGCAGCCGCGGCGGCCGUGCGUUGCGCCUUCAUCGGAGGAAGCAGCGGCAUUGAAGGAAGCUUUCAGCGAGAGUAUCGAGCUGGAGAGGCAGCUGGAAUCGCAAUAA